AUUAGACGAUACUCUUGUCUAUAUUGACUCUUGAAUCUCCUCUCUGUUUCCUGUACCUACCUUCUCUCCACUAACUUUCUACAGUCACCAUACCUUCUCCCAGAAAACCAUAGAUGUUGCACUGCCUUUUGUUGGUGACAAAUUAGAAUGAGAGGUGCAAUGACUAAUUCCUCUGCUCCUUCUGAGCCGAGGUACCGAUUAUCCGCUUCUAUUGAGGAUAUAUACAAAAAGAGGAUACAAAGAAGCAAAGUCAAAAGUGUUGAUAAGCCCUUGCACAUCCCAUUCCAAGAUAGAAGUUCAUGCUGCAAGUUUCCUUUGUUGAAACUUGUCCUGGGUUUCACUAUCUUGGGCACCUUUUUAAUCAUUCUUUGCUCUCCAGAAUCCUAUCAUAAUCACCCAUCACAGUAUAAUUACCGAUCAAAUUUUGUGAACAGAUGGAUAUGGGGAGGAUCAGAUCCUCAAUACGUAUCGAAUUUAGACGUUAAUUGGGAUGAUGUAAUGACAGUUAUCGAGAAGAUGGGUGAACAGACUGACUACCAGGGAAUUGGCCUUCUGAACUUUAAUAAGAAUGAAGUUAAUCAAUGGAAUGAUGCAUAUAAAUCUAAUAAUCUCUUGAAUGCAGAGAGGAUGUACUCGGGAAAUGGGAGUCGAGAAGCAUAUGCAACAAUUCUCCAUUCAGCUCAUGUAUAUGUAUGUGGAGCCAUAGCUGCUGCACAAAGCAUCCGCAUGUCUGGCUCUACCCGAGACCUUGUGAUACUUGUUGAUGAGACUAUCAGUGUUUACCAUAGGAGUGGACUAGAGGAAGCUGGGUGGAAAAUCAGGACAAUUAAAAGGAUCAGGAACCCAAAAGCUGAAAAAGAUGCUUACAAUGAGUGGAACUACAGCAAGUUCCGGUUAUGGCAGCUGACGGAUUAUGAUAAAAUUAUCUUCAUAGAUGCUGAUUUACUUACACUUAGGAACAUUGAUUUGUUAUUUUCAAUGCCAGAGAUUUCAGCAACUGGUAACAAUGGCACACUUUUUAACUCUGGUGUGAUGGUUAUUGAGCCUUCACUUUGUACAUUUCAGCUUUUGAUGGAUCACAUCAAUGAGAUUGAAUCCUACAAUGGAGGAGAUCAAGGAUACUUGAAUGAGAUCUUCACAUGGUGGCAUAGAAUUCCGAAACACAUGAACUUCUUAAAACACUUCUGGAUUGGUGAUGAGGAAGAGGUUAAGCAAAAAAAGACUAGCCUUUUUGGCGCUAACCCCCCAAUUCUGUACGUUCUUCACUACCUCGGGAACAAACCAUGGUUAUGUUAUCGAGACUAUGAUUGUAAUUGGAAUGUCGAUAUCCUUCAAGAGUUUGCGAGUGAUGUGGCCCAUGAAAGAUGGUGGAAAGUACAUGAUGCAAUGCCUCAGCAGCUGCAUCAAUUUUGCCUCUUGAGAUCAAAGCAAAAGGCACAACUGGAAUGGGACAGAAGGCAAGCAGAGAAGGCAAACUUCACAGAUAGACAUUGGAAUAUCAAGAUUAAAGACUUGCGUUUGAAGAAAUGUAUCGAUAAGUUAUGCUCCUGGAAAAGCAUGUUAAAGCACUGGGGCGAGACAAAUUGGACCGAUGAUGAAUUUUUUACUCCAACACCACCUGCAAUCACCACAGCCUAUCUUCCUCAAUUGUGAGUUACAGUUUCAAUUCUCGAUAUUCAUGUAAAUGGUUCUGAAAAUGUCAUAUGGUUUCACUACUUCCCCCUUUUUCUUCAGGCUUCUAAGAGUUUUAGACACAUUAUAUAUAUGAUUUGGUCAGAGUACUAGAAUUUUUGUAUCGAAAACUGUUACUCAUCUCAGAGGGAAA